CUGGAAAGCUUGUUGCAUGGGUGAAGGGUGAAGUUGGUGGAGGGACUAGCUGGGUGUCACACUGCUGGGUCUACUUGAGGAAUUGCCAGCUCGCCUCGGAUGCUCCGAACCGGGCAUGAAUCGUCGUUGUCUUCUGGCUUAGUGAUAUCCGUGUCCGGCAUCUCUAGCAGGCAUAGGCUGAUGCGUUAGCGGGUGUUGGCGCUGGUACGGGCUCAGUAGCGUGACUGAGUUGUUCGGGAAACCGUCGUCGAACUCGCGAGGUGGCCAUGACGCUUCAUAUUCCGUACUUCGCGGCUCUCACGACGUACAUCAGCUAUGGUUUCCUAUUCCUCUUCGGCCAUAUCCGAGACACCUUCCGCUCGCUUCUUCCGCAGUUGAAAGAAAGCCUGAAGGGCUAUGCACCCCUGUGUCGAGACUUUGAAGACUUCUACACGCGCCGUUUCUACUACCGCCUUCAGGACUGCUGGAACCGGCCCAUAGCCAGCGCGCCUGAUGCGUGGAUCGACGUGAUCAACAGGGUUUCGUACGAUAAGAACCAAACCCUUGUGCGCAAGGACUCGACUGUGCGGUGCCUGAACCUGGGGUCGUACAACUACCUCGGCUUUGGUGCUCCUGACCCCUACUGCACGCCACGGGCAGAGGAGUCCCUCAAGCAGUAUGGCUCCAGCACCUGCAGCAGCCGCACUGACGCGGGCACAACGCGGGUGCACGAGGAGCUGGAGCAUUACAUGGCGGAGUUCAUAGGCAAGCCAUCCGCCAUGGUCUACGGCAUGGGCUUCGCCACCAACUCCCUCACGCUGCCUGCGCUCGUCGGCAAGGGAAGUCUGAUCAUCAGUGACUCACUCAACCACUGCAGCCUCAUUGCUGGAGCCCGUGCCUCUGGUGCCGGCAUCAAAGUCUUUCAGCACAACGUGCCGGAGAACCUGGAGCAGGUACUGCGCACGGCGAUAGCGGAAGGCCAGCCGCGCACGCACCGGCCGUGGAAGAAGGUGCUGAUAGUGGUGGAGGGCAUCUACAGCAUGGAGGGCGAGAUCUGCCGCCUGCCCGAGAUAGUGGAGAUCAAGCGCAAGUACAAGGCCUACCUCUUCCUGGACGAGGCGCACAGCAUCGGCGCCCUGGGCCGCACGGGGCGCGGCGUGUGCGAGGUCACGGGCGUGGACCCAGCAGACGUGGACGUGCUUAUGGGCACCUUCACCAAGUCCUUUGGCUCCUGCGGGGGGUACAUUGCGGGGUCUAAGGAGCUGAUAGCGUAUCUGAGGAGCACGAGUCCCGGGCACCUGUACGCAACGGCCAUGGCGCCAGCAGCGGUGCAGCAGAUUCUCUCCGCGCUCAAGCUGCUGCUGGGCGACGACGGCUCCUCCAGAGGCCUGGAGAAGCUAGCGCAGCUGCGGGACAACUGCAACUGGUUCCGCGGCGAGCUGCAGCGCCUGGGGCUGGAGGUGCUGGGCGAUGAGGACUCGCCCGUCAUGCCCAUCAUGAUCUACCACCCGGGCAAACUCGCCGCCUUCUCCCGCGAAUGCCUCAAGCGCCAAGUGGCCGUGGUGGUGGUGGGGUUCCCGGCCACGCCUGUGCUGCUGGGCCGCGCCCGCAUCUGCAUCUCGGCUGCUCACACCCGCGCCGAUCUCCAGUAUGCUCUCAAGGUGCUGGACGAAGUGGCCGACCUAGUGGGGCUCAAGUACAUCCCCCCACUGCCACCUCUUGAGACCUCCCCUCACUCCUCCCCCAUCAACGGCUCUCUCUCCCCUGCCAUGCCGGGCACCCAUGCUAAGGCCAAUGGGAUUCUGCAGGGCCGUAGGAAGGUGGAGUGACCGUGCUACUCACUGACUCAUGGAGUGGCAUGGACCAUGGUGUAUGCUCAAGGGGGGGUAUGCUUGGGACAGGCUGAACUGGGUUAUUGCACGUGCUUGUGCUCCUGUUUUUUUCCUGAGUGUCUUGUAGUUAAUAAUUGUACAUUUGGCAUCCUGGUGUGCCUGGAGACAUAAGUGGGAGGCUGCAGUAACAGGGUAUGAGGGUGUAACAGCACAAGUGUGCUACUAGCUGCUGAACACUGUGCCAAGCAGCUUAGGAUGGGUGUGUGGCCUUGCUGGAUUAGAUUCUCCCUCCACCUGAUUUGAUUAAAGUGUCAAUUCAACG